UCCCCAAAAAAUCAAUUAAUUAAAAAAAAAACCCCCCAAACCAACCUUGGAUGUGACAAAAUAACUCUCUCUAUACCCUAACUCUGCCUAGUGCGCUCCCGGCGCAUUGGUGUGUGGAAAUGGGAAUUGGCAAGAAGAAAAAAAAAGGGGGAGGGGAAGAAAGUUGCAGUUGCAGUUGCAGAGUGCAUGUUGUACGGCAGAACGCAUCCAUGGAUAGGUAGUUAGUUAUUAGGUAGUUCGAACUUUUCCAUAGUUCUGGGUAUUUUCCAAUUCUCUAAGGUUAGUUACCUAGUUACCUAGUUGUUUGCCUAUUUGGACUUAACACGAAUUAUUAUAUUUCAUUUUUUCUUAUAAUUUCUCUUUCUUAUGUAAGUCCUCUAUUCUCUCCUCUCAGGCGAAUCAUCUUCGAUAUAGUCGACCGCUCCCCCCUACAUAGUAGUCUAAGUAUGUACCUAGAUAUGUAACUAGGUAGGGUAGGUAGGUAGUUCUAUAUGCAGGUCGAUAGUUUAGGUAUUGCAUCUCGCGUGGUGAUUGGGUCGAUGAACUUGGGUUCACUGGCACAUGGCGGUGAAAAGGUCUCUGUUUCUCCCCCCCCCCUACCUACCAAUCAGGUCCAAUCUAACUACCUACGUAGGUACUUUCUGCUUCCCCCUCCCCUCCUUGCUCUCUCUCUUUCUGCCUCGUCUGCCCCUCUCUUAGCUUUAGAACCUUUCGACCCCUCGAGGUCGUUUCCUUUCGUUUUCUCCCCCGCUCUCCUCCUCUUCCCCCCUCCCCCUUUUUUUUCUUUAAUUGUUGCCCACUCCCCCAUAAUGCUUAUGUAGCUGUUAUUCGCAAGAACCAUCCCACACACACACAUACACACCCUUGCCGCCGUUAUUCCGUUGCGUUGGUGUGGUGAUACACAUACAUACCUACAUACAUACCUACAUACAUACAUAUUGAAAAAGAAGGGGAAAACAUAUGUAAAAGAAGGUGAGAUACUGCAUGUGCAUGGAGAUUGGAUCAAACGGAGCAAUCGUUGAUGGGGAGGGCUCUGUGAGUCUGUGUGCUUGCUUGCUGCAUAGUACAAUACAUACACUAGGUUAGGUUGCUUACGAUCGCCCGCUUGCUUCCGAGUGGAGAGAAAUAGAAGCAGAAAGAGAAGAGAGACAAGCAAGCACCUCCAUUUGCUUCCAUUUUCUUUGCAGCGAAAAUUGAAAUGAGUACUGUAGUAUUACCACUGAAAACUUGAUAAUUCUAUGGAGUUUUACAUACCUCUAAAAUCUACAAACUACCUAGCAAUGCUAGCAUACAUACAUACAUACAUACAUACAUGCGCGUGGUUUUCUUUUUCGGUUCGCAUAGCGCAAGGCACCAAGAGACAGGCGCCC